AGAUUUCUAUUUUCAUAUUUGGAGCACCUAAAUAUGAAAUUUACAAAGUGCCCCAUAUUUCUCGACACACUCUCACCUCCCUUUAGACACACACUGUUUCUCGCUUUCUCUCAUCUCACUUGUCUCCCUCCGCCGUUCUUUCCUUCAUCCGCUCUAGACCUGUACGCCGACGACGCCGUUGAUUCUGUUUUUUCUCUUCAGAAGAUAAUGGAAAGUUUUUUCAAAAAGAAGUUACCUUUGAAGAGGAAAUUCCCGUCAAAUGAGCACCAAUCUAGUUCUGAAGAGCAAGAGCAACAAAUUGAAGUUAAUUUGGAUGAGUUGCCAUUAGAUCCCGGAAAGCGGAUUAAAAUGUCAGCAUAUCUUCCGAAUGAUCGAGAUAAGAUAAGGAAAUUUUAUCUACAAAGAGGACCGUUUCAACCUAAAAAACAAACUUUUCCCCAAAGGAAAAUUGGAAGUGGUUUAAGAAGAUUUUGCCCAUCUUGGUAUAUUGAGUAUGGAAAUUGGUUAGAGUAUAGCAUAGAAAAAGAUGCUGCGUUUUGUUUUUGUUGUUAUCUUUUUAAGUCUGAUUUUGGAAAGCAUGUAGGUGGUGAUUCGUUUGUGACAGAGGGGUUCUCGAAUUGGAAAAAGAAAGAAAGGCUUGCAUCUCAUGCUGGAGGUCCUAAUAGUGCUCAUAACAUUGCUUGGAAGAAAUGUUUAGAUUUCAUAAAACAAAAUCAAGUGGUAUCGUCUAAUAAGCAAUCUGAACAAGUUUGUGACCUGCAUCCGAGUCGUUUAGCAGCUACAAUUGAUUGCAUUCGUUUUUUACUAAAGCAAGGUUUAGCUUUGUGUGAUAUUGAAUCAACUGGUUCUGCCGAUCAAGGUAAGUUCCUUGAACUUCUUAAAGUUGUUUUUGAGUGUGAAGAAUCAAGAAGUCUUGUCUUAGGAAACACUUCAGAAAAUUAUCAAUUGAUCACUCCAACAAUUCAAAAGAAUAUUCUAAAUGUAGCUGCUUUGGAAACAACUAAUGCUAUUAUUAGUGAUCUUGGAGAUGAAUUGUUUGGUAUUCUUGUUGAUGAAGCUUGUGACAUAUCAAAUAAGUGGCAAAUGGUUGUUGCUUUGCGUUAUGUUGACAAAAAGGGAAGUGUUGUUGAGCAUUUUCUUGGUAUUGUUAAUGUUAAAGAUAUUACAGCUUUAUCAUUUAAAAUGCAUAUUGAUGAACUAUUUGGCAAACACGGGCUUAGUAUAUCAAAAAUUCGUGGAUAUGGUUAUAAUGGUGCUAGCAACUUGCAAGAAGAAUUUUCUGGUCUCAAAAGUUUGAUAUUAGAGGAGAACCCAUAUGCAUUUUAUGUACACUCUUUUGCUCAUCAGUUACAACUUAACUUAGUUGCUAUUGCCAAAAAUCACCUUCAAGUUUGUUCUUUUUUUAAAUCCGUGUCCACUUUAUUGAAUGUUGUUGGGGGGUCAUACAAACAACAUGACAUGCUUCGUCAAAGACAAAUUGUCGAUGUUAGAGAGACAUUGGAAAUAGGAGAAAUUACUAGUGGACAAGGUUUGUAUCAAGAAACUAUUCUCAAACGAACUAUGGAUACUCGUUUGAGUUCACAUCAUGCAACUCUGGUCAAUUUGAUAAAGAUGUAUUCGGCUAUAAUUGAUGUUCUUGAAAUUAUGAAAGAAGAUGGGUUAAAUGUAGAUCAAAGAGCUGAAGCCAAUGGUCUUUUACUUUUGUUUGAGGAGUUUGAUUUUGCAUUCACAUUGCAUUUGAUGAAAAAUGUCUUGGCUAUAUCAAAUGAAUUGUCACAAGCAUUGCAAAGAAAAGACCAAAACAUCGAUGAUGUUAUGAACUUAGUUAACAUCACAAAGCAACAUUUACAAGCUAUGAGGUGUAAAGGAUGGGAGUCUUUAUUGCAAGAAGUAAUUUUAUUUUGUAAUAUGCAUGCUAUUUAUGUUCCUCAUAUGGAAGAUAUAUUUUGUUCUAAGGGGAAGUCACGACGCGAAGACAAAGCUCAAGCUAUUACAAUAGAGCAUCACUAUCGUGUUGAAUUAUUUUAUACUGUUGUGGGCAUGCAACUUCAUGAACUUAAUGAUCGUUUCACCGAGACAAAUGCUCGGUUGCUCCUUUCUAUGGCUUGUUUGAGUCCAAUCAAUAAGUUCUCUGCAUUUGAUAAGACAAGGGUGAUGGAAUUUGCAAGUUUUUAUCCACAUGAAUUUUCUCCUACGGAUUUAAUGAUGCUUGAUAGUGAACUUGAAACUUACAUCAUUGAUGUGCGUUGUGAUGCUGAUUUUGCAUCUUUAAAAGAAAUCAAUGAUCUUUCAGAGAAGUUGGUCAAAACUAGAAAACAUAUUGUUUACCCAUUAGUUUAUCUUCUUUUGAAGUUAGCUCUGAUUUUGCCUGUUGCCACACCAACCACUGAAAGAGCCUAUUCGUCUAUGAAAUUUGUGAAGAAUAUGUUGCAUAAUCGAAUAGCCGAUGAAUGGAUGAAUGAUUGUCUAGUAACUUACAUUGAGAAAGAUGUGUUCAACACUAUUGACAAUGAGCUCAUCAUUCAACGAUGUCAGAACAUGAAAUCACGUAAUGAACAAUUAUGAGAAGAGAAGUGUAAAGAAGGUAUAAGGUCUCUUAUUGGUAUGAUAAUUCCAACUGUUGUGAAGAACACCACAAGCUAAGAAGGUGCAGCCACAAGUAUUGAAUAGCUAGCUCAUUGCGACUUUCAGGAGCAUCACACAAGUCUUCGAAAAAGGAUGCCAAAAUAUUAAACAUUGUUUUGAUCAGUAUUGUCACUGUGAUCAUUCGUCUGAUCAUUUGAAGUUAUCUGCAAUGCUAAAGUUCAGGUAACAGUUGGAGUUCCUUUCUUUUGUUUAUUUCCCCUCUAUUUGGGCGUUGUUUGGGGAGUUAGAAGAAAAAAAAGAGAGGAAGGAGAAAAGGGACUAGGAAGAAAUGAUUACCACCAUGUAUGGUGUGUGUAUUUUUCUCAGGGAAACUAAAACUUUCCUAUGUAUGAGAGAAAUAAAAAAAAAAUAUAUUAAAUAAAAGUUCUUUUUAUUA